GGGUUGGGUGGGCCCUACCUGGGAGGGGUUUGUGGGUCCUCUGCCCGCUGAGGAGAUGGAUGAGGACGGGCUUCCACUCAUGGGGUCAGGCAUAGACCUGACCAAGGUGCCAGCUAUUCAACAGAAAAGAACGGUGGCAUUUCUAAACCAAUUUGUGGUGCACACUGUACAGUUCCUCAACCGCUUUUCUGCAGUUUGUGAGGAGAAACUGGCAGACCUUUCUCUUCGUAUCCAACAAAUUGAAACAACUCUCAAUAUUCUGGAUGCAAAGAAAGAAACAUCCCUUUUAAGUAACAUGAUAGACCCCUUUUGUGAAUUGCCUAAAGAUUUACAUGCAUACUCUCUACAGCAGAACAGUACACAAGACUCUGGACCACAGGAAAGUGAAGUAUCAGCAGAAAAUAUCUUAACUGUAGCCAAGGAUCCAAGAUAUGCCAGAUAUCUCAAAAUGGUUCAAGUGGGUGUUCCAGUGAUGGCAAUAAGAAAUAAAAUGAUAUCAGAAGGACUAGACCCAGAUCUUCUUGAGAGACCAGAUGCUCCAGUGCCUGAUGGUGAAAGUGAAAAAACUGCAGAAGAAAGUUCAGAUAGUGAAUCUUCUUUUAGUGACUAAGCUUAAUUUUGGUAAGAAUUACAUACAUGUUUAGGGGUACAUUUACAUUUUAUAAGAAAGAGAACCUGAACUCUGUUAGUCAUAAAAACACCAAAUGGCUACAUAUCCAUCACCAAGCUUCCUCUGUGUUAAAAAAAAAAAGUAUUAAAGGAUUUAUAACCUGCCAGUAUGUCUUGUUACCAAAAUAAAGGACCCUGAAAUGAAAAACAGUAGCAUAAA